ACUCAUCAUUCAUUAAUAGUAUGAGUAAAAUUGUUUGUUGAAGCAAAAACGAACUCUCAAUUUCCUCAAUUCACACUUGAACUCAAAACCUAAUACAGAAAGCCCCAUUAAACCAACUCUCUCUCUCCCUCUCUCUCUAUGGAGACGAAGAAGAAGAAAGCAUCAUUCCAUGCUGAAAUGAAGCUUUUCCGCAGCAAUUCAUCCAAAAAUCCACGCUACAAAUGCUUCAAACAUGCCAUCAUCCUCUCAAUCUCCCUCUAUUUCCUCUCCUCCUUCAUCAUCACCCGCCACAAACCCUCCGCCAUUUCCACCACCACCAUCUCCCGCUCCAAACCCUCCCUCGCUCUCAUGGCGGAAAAUCCCCUCGAUUCCUCCGCCCUAGAUUUAAAAUUCAACGGGAUGAGAAUCUACGUCUACGAUCUGCCGGCGAGGUUCAACCGCGAUUGGCUGAGGAGCGAGCGGUGCAGCAGCCACCUGUUCGCGGCGGAGGUGGCGAUCCACCGCGCGCUGAUGAGCAGCGAGGCGAGGACGCUCGAGGCGCGGCAGGCGGACUUCUUCUUCGUCCCUGUUUACGUGUCGUGCAAUUUCAGCGAGGUCAACGGCUUCCCCGCGAUCGGCCACGCCCGCUCCCUCAUCGCCGCCGCGAUUGAGUACGUUUCGUCGCAGUUCCCCUUCUGGAACCUCUCUCGCGGCUCCGAUCACGUCUUCGUCGCGUCUCACGAUUUCGGCUCAUGCUUUCACACCAUGGAGGAUAGGGCGAAAUCGGAGGGGGUGCCGGAGUUUUUGAGGAAUUCGAUAAUUUUGCAGACGUUUGGGGUGAAAGGGGAGCAUCCUUGCCAGGAGGUGGAGCAUGUGGUGGUGCCGCCGUAUAUUUCGGCGGAGAGUGUUCACGCCACCCUGAAGUCGUCGCCGGUCAAUGGCCGGCGCGACAUUUUUGCAUUUUUCAGGGGGAAGAUGGAGGUCCACCCUAAGAAUGUCAGCGGUCGUUUCUACAGCAAGCGUGUGCGCACCGCAAUACUGCGGAGGUAUGGCAAGGACGGUCGGUUCUAUCUUCGGCGGCAUAGGUUUGGCGGGUACCAGUCGGAGAUUGCGCGGGCCAAGUUCUGCCUUUGCCCGCUCGGGUGGGCCCCGUGGAGCCCGAGGCUGGUGGAGUCCGUCGCGCUCGGCUGCGUCCCUGUGAUCAUAGCGGACGGGAUCCUGCUGCCGUUCCCCGAUGCCGUGCCGUGGGCGGACAUCAGCCUCACGGUGGCGGAGGCCGACGUGGACAAGCUCGGCGGCGUGCUCGAGCACGUGGCGGCGACGAACCUGACGGCGAUGCAGCGGAACCUGUGGGACCCACGGGUGCGGAAGGCCCUGCUGUUCGGCGACACGGUGGGGGAGGGCGAUGCCACGUGGCAGGUGCUGGUUGCCUUAUCCAGGAAGCUCGGCGUGUGCGCACCGCAAUACUGCGGAGGUAUAGCAAGGACGGUCGGUUCUAUCUUCGGCGGCAUAGGUUUGGCGGGUACCAGUCGGAGAUUGCGCGGGCCAAGUUCUGCCUUUGCCCGCUCGGGUGGGCCCCGUGGAGCCCGAGGCUGGUGGAGUCCGUCGCGCUCGGCUGCGUCCCUGUGAUCAUAGCGGACGGGAUCCUGCUGCCGUUCCCCGAUGCCGUGCCGUGGGCGGACAUCAGCCUCACGGUGGCGGAGGCCGACGUGGACAAGCUCGGCGGCGUGCUCGAGCACGUGGCGGCGACGAACCUGACGGCGAUGCAGCGGA